AUGGGUCAGAAGUGGAGUGGAACGAAUACUAAAUCUCAGUCUACAAUUCCAAGUGUCUCGAAGUCGUCAUCGGGACCAUCGAUGGUAGCAAAGCCGAAAUCUGACAGAGAGGAGAAACCGAAGGAUACCAAAUCUUCUUCGUCUGCAUCUCAAAGUCAAAGUCUUCGAGCAGAUGAUCCAUCAAAGCAGAAGGCGAAAUAUGAACCACUCUACGAGAAUCUCAGCUACAAAGACUGA